UCAUAAGUUCAUUAGAAAUGAUCCUAUUACAAAGACGAUGGGUGCAGAAAAAUGUUUAUGUCGCCCGACCCGUAUUUGCCUAAAAAUUAGGGUUUUCCCAUACCUGAAAAUUUCAAUUAGAGGAAACCAGGUCUAUUUGAUUCCUCCAAACACUUGAUUGGAGCAUCACACAGUCUCGAUCAUCGUCAUCGCCUUUUAUCUCACUCAGAACCAUGCCUAUAAAAUGGGUUUUGCACUGGCAGCCCAAUGCAGGACAUACCGUGAGCAGUCAAAUACUGGCAGAAGUAUCUCAGUGUGUUGAGAGCAUCAAUGGUGUCAAGGAAGGAAAAUGGAAAGCUACACUCAGCUUCUACAGGCCCGUUCUUAAAGAGCAAGCAAAUGCGGCAGAAUUCCCACGUGACUUUCUGGGGAUAUCGCUACCAGAGCAGCCCAGCAAAUACUACUUUGUUUUACGAGGGCAGCGUUUAGUUCUUGAGGCAGAUUCCACAAUACAGACUAUAAUGGAGAAACUCCAGUCUUACAAAACUAGAGUGGCACUAAAUUUUGAGGGAUUUCAAUAUCAGCUUGGCGAUUUCCAGUUGAGGGUGGGUAAAGUUGUUUCCAUUCAAUCAGAAAGUUUAAGGGGAAUAGUUAUGGAGAUGGAAUACCGACCCAUUUCUUCGUGGGAGAAGUCGCAUAAAAUCAUGGGAGAGUUCUUUGACAUAUGGCAAGAAGCUCUGUCAAAAAGAUCAUUACCAGGCCAUUUUGUGCACAUGGAACCAAACUUUGGGGAGUUUGGGCUGUCUGGGCAAUACACCUUACAACACACAGCUGUUCAGUAUGCCACAAUUAUGCUUCAGAUGAUAGCUACUGCUCAAUCAGUUAGAAACUAGAAGGGUGGGAUUUCAAAUCCAGGUUCAUGUUUUCUUGGUUACAGUGAACAUUUGAGUUUGUUGUAAUUAAUUUGUAAACUGAUGGAUUAAAUACAAAUGUUAUUUACCAAGAAAAGGAAAUUUGAAUGGUAUUUAUUCCCC